AUGGCGACUCGCAGACCUCGACGACCCAACAACGGCAGCAAUGGCAAUAACCACCGCAACAACAAUCAGCAAUACACGCAACCCUCCGACUAUGAAUCCGACUAUCCAAACUACUUCUCCGACACGCAGCAACAGAUCGACCAGCAAGAAGCACCCGCGCCUCCCCCACCCCUGCGCUCCAACGAGGAGCUGAAUCUCUCCGUCCUCCGCCGUCACAACCCCUCCGUGAACUCGAUCCUGUCUCUCGCCCCAUAUGCAGUCGUGUACCUGUUCAACCCGACAAGCCGACAGUGGGAAAAGACGGGUGUCGAGGGGUCACUGUUUGUCUGCCAGCUGGUGCAGGGGAGCCUAGGCGAGGAACGAUACAGCGUGUUCGUGCUCAACCGCCGGGGGCUCAACAACUUCGAUAUCCUCCUGACCGACGGGGACAACGUGGAGCUUACGGAGGAAUAUGUCAUUAUCAAGUCUGACUACGACAUGGGCGUGGAAUUAGGCAUGAACAACAACAACAGCAGCAACAGCAACACCAGCAACACCAACCAGAUGACCAACAAAGCCGCGAACACCGCCGACGUGCGCAUCUACGGCCUCUGGAUCUACUCGGAGCCGCCUCCCAACUCGACGGCGGAGACGCGCACGAUCAACGCCCAGGUGAUUCGCGAGUGCGCAGUGCACGCGGGCCACAGCCUGAAGCUCGCGCGAGAGCGGGUAGAAGCGAUGCGCCAGAACGGGCUCCAUGUCGCCGCUGCGGCGGCAGAGGCGGCGGCGGAUGAAAUGCACUCCAGUGUCCCGAUGGGUCGGCAGAUCUCGUUGAAGGAUCUCUUUGGUCAGCAGAGAGCGCAGGACGACGGAUGGAGCGUGCAUGCGCACAAUCUCGAUUUCCCACAGUGGCAGCACGCCCCGACGGAGCGGCCGCCGGCGGAAGCGCAGCCGCGUCAGGAUGUCCUGGGGGAUUUGUUCCGGAGAGCAGGAUUGGCGUAUCAGGGGAAUCCCUGA